UUGUCUUCAAUUUCUGUGUGCCAAAAAAACACAAACACUAAUUAACCUCAGUUACGGUUAAUUCAACCGUUGUUUGAUUCGUUGAGGUUAUGGCGUUUUGGCAUAGAAUUGGAAAUUCUAAGCUCAAAGCUGCAUGCUUCCAAUUUCGAAGAUGCUACACUCAUCUUUCUCAUGCUUCUCUAUCAAAUUCCACCCCUAAAACUUGCCCUACUGUGAUGCCAAAUCCUCAUUCGCUUUUCCAUGAUAGGCCCACAAUUUUUCUCAAUAGCGUCAGGUUUUAUGCUGUUCCUGUUCAGUUUCAGGUAAAGCCCAAGAAUGAAGAGGAUGACACUGAUGGGCCACGGUUGAAUGACCAAAUCAAAGCUAGACAAGUCAGACUUGUGGUGGAUGGCGAACAUUCAAUAGUGUCAAGGUUUGAAGCAUUGGAACGUGCCAGGAAGCUUAAACUUGAUUUAGUUGAGGUUGAUAAAAAUUCUACUCCACCUGUUUGUAAAAUCAUGGACUAUCACAAGGAAAUGUACAAGAAGAAAGAAAAUUUCAAGGAGCGUGCUAAAAGCAAGUCUGAGAUGACAAUGAAAAAGGAAUGCAAGGAAGUACGAUUUUCUGAAAAAACCGAAUCAAAAGACCUUAAGAUGAAAUCAGAUAUGGUUAGAAAGUUAAUGGAGAAGGGUUAUCGGGUUAAGGUCAAGGCAACAGGUAACGCAGAUCAGGCCAUGUUAGACGCAAUAUCUCGUCUUUCGGCUCUGAUAGAAGAUGUCUGUGUUGUGGAAAGUGGACCGCAUCUGGCAAAAAAAGACGCUUAUAUUAUAGUCAGACAUCUUAAAUAUGGACCGGCUAAGAAAGGUGCGAAAAAAUCGCAAGACGCCGUACGUAUGGAUUCAAAGGCCGAGGAGGGUGAUGUGGAACCAUUAACUACCAAUUCUAGCAAUUCAGUUGAAACACCGGAUACAUUGACUAAUAGUAUCAAUGAUGGGAAUGAUUCAGUAUCUCCACCCGUGGUAGAAAAUAGGUACAAAAAAGCUAAUUAUCGUGUUGAGAACAAGUUUCAAUCAAAUGCGCAAGCGCCUCCCGAUGUGACCGAGAAUAGGUACAAACAAGCCGAGCCAAGAAACAGAUACCAACAUGAGAACAGGUUUCAACCAAAUGCGCAAGUGCCUCCUGUUGUGACUGAGAAUAGGUACAUACAAGCCGAGCCAAGAAACAGAUACCAACAGACCACACCAAAUACAAGUCCAGGGACAAGAGAUGCAAAUAGGUGGAUCGAGAACAAGGUUCAAUCAAAUGCACAAGUGCCUCCUGUUGCGGUCGAGAAUAGGUACAUAAAAGCCGUGCCAAGAAAUAGAUACCAACAGACAGCGCCAAAUACAAGUCCAGGUACAAGAGAUGCAAAUAGGUGGACACCCUCGAAUCUGAAUAACACAAGAAAUGUCCAUGUAAAUAAUUUUAAUCCCAAUACUGAAAGUACCAAUCAAGCUAUUGAUAAACCAAAUGGCCCUCAGACAGUGCAAAGGAACAGAUAAGGGAACUCAGUAAUCUUCUUGGCAACCUUUCAGUUGAAAUAAAGUAGAGAAUGAAUGUUGAAAAUUCAUGCAUGGAGUAUAGAGGAGGUUGGUAUCAAAGUGGAGCUAGAUUAGAGUAGACAAUAAGUAUACUAUAUUUUAUGGAUAAAUUUGGUUCCAUAACAUAUCAUGGACCGAUUAAGAAACAUUGAUGGAUGAUGAAGCAGUGAAUCAGUCACUCCUCAGGCCUACAACUGUAUUUUUCUUUGGUUGACCUAUUAUUUGCUUAGUUUUCUAGGGAUUUUGCAUAAUCCAAUAUUCGAUGAAAGUACACAUAUUUGAUUUUUCUUCUCUAUAUUCACAUUGUUUGACUGUUGAGAAGGGGUGUUUUUACUACCCCUCUAGAAUUUUUUAUGUAUGAGGUGCUUGGUGAUUUCCCAAGUUCCCAACCCAGAAAGAUAGCAAUAAUGUCAACUUUGCAUAAUAUAUUAUCAUAUUAAAUAACUA